GCGGCCAUGCAGUUGCAUAAACUGUUUUGGAUCUUUACGCACGCUAUCGUAGAAUCUCCUACGCUUCUCGACUCUUUCCGAGCAGUCAACGAUCCUUGCCCGCAUGAUCUUCUCCUGACGACGAGCCUCAUGCCACAUCGUAACAAACUCAAACUUAGAUGUAUCGCAAAAGCUGCAGAGGACAAGAAUAUAUUACGAAAAUGGCAGGGUGACCCUACUGUACUAAUAGAUCGCUUUGAUGUACGGGCUCAUCUUGAUUUCAUCUCGCCUGUAAAGAAGAAAAGUGUCGAGCCGGACAGUGAGGAUGAGAAACAAGAACUAAUAUGUGAUUUCGAACGGUACAGAGUAUUAAUAAUUAAUGAAUUUCGCGACGUCUCAGAGAAGGACUACUUGCGUAAAAUAGCGGAGAAGGAGUUUUGGAGAAUUCCUAAGGACGAACAGCUCAAAUGCGGUUGUGGGAGCGUGAUGAAGGCCCAUUCGCAAUUAGCGUUGUCACGAUUUUCGGUUUUUACGUCGAACUGUCAGCUCGACGACACCAGCCCGUGGUCGAUUGCUACGCACACCCAAACCUCACCGACUGAUGCCUACGGCACUAUCGUUUUUCAGGUGUGGGGUCUACCACCACCACCUUUAGUGAUCACCGUACAUGGCGGUAUGGCAAAUUUCGAGGUGCAUGAGAAGCUCGGCAGGCUGUUUCGUGACGGUGUACUGAAGGCGGCUCAGACGACAGGCGCCUGGAUCAUCACCAGCGGUCUGGACAGCGGUGUCGUGAAACAAGUGGCCCAAGCGCUCGACGACGCUGGCAUCUCGGCUAGGAUGCGAUCGAAAAUCGUGACGAUCGGAAUCGCGCCGUGGGGGGUGAUUAAAAGGCGUGAACGUUUGGUGAGAUUGUGUUUCGAUAGAACGGUGACACCUUGA